GCUUAGGCUGACACACAGAGGAUUUCUCACCUUUCCCAAAACUCUCAAAUACUCGUCGACCAGCGACAGGGGGACCUCUCUGUAAUUAUAUGGAAGAAAACGAGGAUUCCGAAGAGGAAAUUCUCUCCGCACACGCUCACAUAUACGUGUAAUUCUUGUACUUUUACUUCCGCGGCGGGGGCGCAGCAUUAGGGGCUAGUGCGAGAGGAGAUGGGCAAAUUGACUCUCCGGCGGAGAAAGAAGGCCGCGCCGCCGACGCAGUUGCCUCCUCUUCCUACCCCGCCGUCGGUCGAGUUGGCGGCGACGACGAGCAAGGUGGCCGUGAAGAAGAAAGCGGGCGGGUCGAGGCUCUGGAUGACCAUGGAUCGGUUAGGGCAGUCCGAGCUGAUGGAAUGCGACAAGAACUUUAUUAUUAAGCGCGUCUCGAUUCCCGCCAGGGACUUGCGAAUUCUCGGGCCCAUUUUCUCCCAUUCCUCUAGCAUCCUUGCUAGGGAAAAAGCCAUGAUUGUUAACUUAGAAUUCAUAAGAGCGAUAGUUACUGCAGAAGAAGUAUUGUUACUUGAUCCUCUUCGCCAGGAGGUUCUGCCAUUUGUUGAUCAGUUGAGGCGACUGUUGCCACAGAAAAGUCCAACUAAUUAUGUGGCAGACCAAACGGUUCCUAAAGAUAAUGAAAUUCAUUCUCCUACUGCUGCACAAUGGUUACCUGUUCCUGAAGGCGGUGAAGGUGAGCAGGAUGAGCUUCCUUUCGAGUUCCAGGUCCUGGAAAUGGCAUUAGAGGUUGUCUGCACGUAUUUGGACUCUAACGUUGCUGAACUCGAGAGAGAUGCUUACCCUGCUCUGGAUGAAUUGGCCAUAAGUGUUAGCACCAAAAAUCUUGAGCAUGUGCGGAGCUUGAAAAUCAACCUCACUCGUUUGCUUGCACGGGUACAAAAGGUUAGAGAUGAAAUAGAGCAUCUUUUAGACGACAAUGAAGACAUGGCCCAGCUCUACUUAACACGGAAAUGGAUACAACAAAACCAACAAUUCGAGGCCCAAUAUGCGGACCCCCCAUCAAACAGCAUAGUCCCUGCUGGACCAGCCCAUUUCCGCCGGCUCAGCUCCACCAAAAGUGGCAGUCUCUUGAGCAACUACCAUCAAAAUGACAAUGACGAUGUGGAGGACCUAGAGAUGUUGCUCGAAGCCUACUUCAUGCAAUUGGAUGGUACACGUAACAAAAUACUAUCUGUUCGCGAAUACAUUGAUGACACGGAGGAUUAUGUCAACAUCCAACUCGACAACCAAAGAAAUGAGCUCAUUCAGCUCCAAUUGACAUUGACAAUUGCAACAUUUGCCAUAGCAGUUGAAACUGCUAUGGCAGGGAUAUUUGGUAUGAAUAUUCCAUGCACACUGUACAAUAUUAAGGGUAUUUUUGAUGAUGUUGUCUGGAUCAUGACUGCCGCUUGUGUGGUGCUGUUUAUUGUCGUGAUGGCCUAUGCCAGAUGGAAGAAGCUUAUAGGCUCUUGAAAUAAAUUGUCCUCCAGGAAUUUAUUGUUGAAACCAACCUGUGAAAAACACAGAAGCAGAAACAGUAAAUAAAAAUGAGGUCUUGAUGUUUUUUCUCAGUGCUGGAGUUUCUUACACUGUAAUAUAUUAGCAUUUAUUUUUUUCCUGAUAUAUGAUCGGGAGCAGUAAUGUGUUUGUGAUUCUUUCUUGUGCUUCCAUGGCCGUGAGCCAUACUUUCUUUUAUGUGUUCUUUCAAUUUUGGGAAUAGGAUGGCAAAUUGGCAGUCAAAUGCGUCCAUAUUUGUAGUUCUUAUUUCUCUAGUUAUUUAUACGUCGGUUUUUAUAACUGGUUUUAUUUAUUUUAUGUACAUACUAAUUCCUAUAUGAGAAAGUGCGGUAAUG